UCCUUCGACUAAUUCUUCCCAGCCAAUCAGCAAACAACGUGAGCUCUUUCACAUUCGAUACGUUUGUACGUAGGGUACGUGCUCACAAGUGACGUUACGUAAAUUCCAAAGAACAGGAAGUGUGAUGUGGCUUUGAUUGCUAUCAAAAAUGUCAGCCAUUUUCAACUUCCAAGCACUGCUAACCGUGAUUCUUCUGCUAAUCUGUACCUGUGCCUACAUCAGAGCUCUGGCUCCCAGCCUGCUGGACAAGAAUAAAACCGGACUCCUAGGAAUUUUCUGGAAAUGUGCCAGAAUAGGUGAGCGGAAGAGUCCCUGGGUGGCUUGUUGCUGCGUCAUCAUGGCGUUCAGUAUAUUGUUUCUACAAUAGCACAGCCUCCAUUUUGCCUACAAAUGGAACAUUGAAGACAUGAACUGGAAAUGAGGCAUGGACUGUAUGACCGUAGAAAGGACCACCAUUGGUUGUCACUUAAUGUAUUAAAACUACAAAAAAGAUUAAGCCUGAUUUUAACAUUUGGUAACCACAGAGACGCAGAAUGUCUGUCUGGUAGAACGGGUGUACUGCCAUUCCCAGUCUGUCUAAUCCUCUCUGUGGAGCCCCAGAUCUGGGUCUGUGUUUGUCCAAAAUGUUUACUGCUCCUGGUCCGCUUGCAUUUGGGAAUCAGGAGGGGCAUUGCUUCUGUUAUCAACUGUUUGUGGGAUUAAUUGAUACGUAGCUGGACAAAAUAAAUUUUAGAUUUGUUUUUGUUCAUAAUUACAAAAAACUGAGGUUAAUCAUAACAAAAAGGAAUUCACAUAAAUGUCCAUACUUCCAAGAGCUUUACAUGGUGGGUCCUGUUUCUUGUGUCUAAUGAUGUAGAUCACAUUAAACACCAAGCAGUUUGCUAAUAUUGUGUUUUAGAUGUCAAGUUUCUCUCUGUCUCUAAAAGCUACGUUUUUAAAAUCACUGCAGCUAUUUAUUAAAAACACUCUUUUAUUUUUUGUUUUUGAUAAGUACUUUCUGUUGGUAUCCUGUUUAUAUUCAUUUUCAUGUCAUACAGUAAGGAGUGUCAUUAAUACUUCAGACAAGCGAAACUACAUUUGCAAUAAAUCUUCUGUGAAUGCUG